UCUAAAAUUUUCCCGCUUCUACAGCACCUUCAAUUUAAAAUUUUUUCAAUUUUUGUGGAAUAAUUUGCCGCGCGGAUUAGUUUUUGUAAUGGAGACACACAGCUCUUCGCUCAACAGAUCUUAUAUGGCAAAUUAUACCAACAAUGAAACGGGGGAAUCGUGCGCCGAGAUAAGCAACACAACGCUUGCUCAGCUACCAUGGCUUUACCAUUAUAUGGCCCCAAUUUUGGCAGGAGGUUUGGUGUUGAUUGUUUUUUUUGCUGAUUUUCUGAUUCGGCACUGUUCUGAAAUUCAGAAACAGUUAGCAGCGUUUAAGAAGAAACAGUCCUGGUUCGUGAUUUUUCGUGGGGUUGUUGUGUUCAUCGGAAACAUGGUGUCUUUGGUCAUAAACUUCUUCAUCCCGUAUUGGUACCACGACAGGAAAGUGAAAACCGGAUGGUACGGCAAGCAGGACGAUGAGUACUGGAAAAUUACCUUCAUGGAUCUAAUCAUAAACAGUUUAUUGUUAAUCUUGCUGGUUUUAAAGAUUUUGCAGGUGUUUUUCGUUCCGAGUGCAAUUUUGUUGGUUCCCAAUAAAACGAGCAUUUUGUUUGUUUCACAGAGUGUCACCUGCAGAAAACGUGUCGCCGGCACAUCGUCGUCUUCCCUAAAGUCAUGGAGAAAAACAUGGGACUCGGUAAAAGCCGAAAUGUCGCGAUGGCUUCGAAACUGGGAGUUUGUGGUCAAUGCGGUGAACGUCCUCUUGCUUAUUUACGAAAUCGAUUAUAUUUUCGGUCGAAACAGAAUUUCGAACUGGAACUGUUGGAAUUUUACAUGGCUAAGUCUGCAGUUCUUGCGAUUACUAUGUAUUGUAUGGGCUGGCGACGAGCUGUUGGGUGUAUUUACGGGUAUUCCAAUUGCGUAUGCCAUCGUCGUCAGGCGUGCAACGCGAAUCGUAUGUUCCUUUUUCUGUUUUGCUGCCUGGAUACAGCUGAUGGAAAUAAUUGGUGACCCGUAUUCUUCUGAAGGCAAUGACGUACAAAGAAACCUGACUUAUGGAAAGGUCGUAGCAUUUCUAUAUGGGAAAAUGGUAUUAGUGGAUGUAGUUUCAGUUCAGCUCGAGUCAACGUUCGCCAGAAUAUCCGUAUAUAUUGUGCAAGCAGUCAACUGGUUUUUCAUCGCACAACUUAUUCCGGACAUGUUCAAGAAGCUGCCGACCGUUCUGCGGAUGCACUCAUUUAGCAAAAUUUACAGAAAAAAAGACGAAGCGUUUGUGCUGAUACUGGGAUCGGUUAGUCCUACGGCUUUAGAGCACUUUGCCAAAGCCUUCCACGACUUCAACGUGGAAGGAAACAUCAUGGUUCUUUUAGAGUCCGCAGUACUAUUAAGGGCAACAGAAGAGAUGCACAUUGUAGCACGAAAGCACAAGCGAACUUUGACCAUUGUCUCUGGAUCGGUGUUUAGCUACAAAGACAUCGACAAAAAUAUCUCAGAAAAUUGUCAGUGUGCCUUUGUCUUUGCCAACGAAAGUGCACCUAGCCCGCAAGAGGAAGAUUAUCACAACCACCUUAAAGUUCUCAUGCUGAAACAACACCGCCCGACACUCCGUGUAAUCGUUCAAGUCCUUAUGGUGAACAACAAGGAUCUGUUUUAUGACAUUCCCAACUGGAGAACCGAGCUGGAUGGUACCAAUGUCACUGCACCAGACAGAGCAAUCUGCAUUCCCGAAAUACAGUUUGCUCUAUUGGCACAACGGAAUUUUGCUCCCGCAUUAACUAACGUUGUGCACGACUGGUUCAACCCAUCAGGAUACCAAACAAUUCGAUCUUAUUUCAUAAAGCUCGUCGAACCGACCAAACCAGCCAUUUCAAAACAAACCAGCAGUUUGACAACCGCAACCAAAAAGAAUGAACAUGUGGUUGUGAUCAUUGAUCAUUCUGCUUCCAGUAGUCAUAACGCGAUAGAAAUGCAACCUCUUUCAUCCACUCCAGCCGAAAACCCAGCAAUCAAUGAGGCACUUGUGCACAGGUCAACUGCAGUCGCUGCAAGCGAUGGCGCUAUGGCAGGUGGAUCAGGGCUCCAGGCCCCGUCUGGGAACAAGAGUGGUGAUUGUAGCUUGAGCAAUUCAGCGAACAAUGAAAGUUCUGAGACGCAACUGCUUCUACCACCUAGCGACACUUCCAAAGCUGACACCAAUGCUCCUUCAAGAGAAAGCAGCAAUUUGACAAGCACUGAUACUUCAGGGAGUCAGCGAACUAGCGCCGCUUCCAAAAACGAUGUCAUCUACCAAGAUAUACAGGAAAUUUUUACCGAACUAAAGAUUGGUACUCCGUUCGCAUUACUACAAGAAGGGCAAUAUCAUUUGUGUCCACGAGAAAAUCUGAUUCUCCAAACUGGAACCCAGGUGUUUUGUGUUACGGAUAACUGUGUAAAGCAAUUCAUCCACUGGCCCGCCAACUCCAACUGUAAAAGAGUAUCGAUUACGCCAUUCUGUCCGAUAGAACGACAAGCUAUCAACAAAAGGACGAUUGGAGUUGAACUGUCGAAGGUUGGAAAAGAGGAAAUAUGCGAUAUUACGGGACAAUAUCAGCUAAGAUCAACGGAUUCGGACAUAACGUAUCUAGACCCGGACACAAAUAACGAAAAUCUAAAAAGCAUUUGUGGCGACCAUAUCGUAAUAUGCGUCGUAUCGGAUGGAACCCCUUCUCCUAUUGGGUUAAUCAGCUUUAUCAAACCUCUACGAGCUGCUCCCAUCGCAAUUACAACAAUUAUAGUUUUGGCCGACGAAAACUUUUUGAACUUAGAAGCACCCUCAAUGAAGAAGUUUCCUGACGUGCUUUUCGUAAAGGGUACUCCGUUUGAUGACAGCCACCUCGCUGCUGUUAAGGUGGCAUUGGCCAGAUCCUGCAUCGUCAUCGACGCAAACGAGCCGCCAAGCGAACAUUUGGACAGCUCCCAUUCAGCCGGCGAUGCUGUUUUUUCGACAUUAUCACAACAUUUCUGCCGGCACCGCAACGCUGUUCGAGCAACCUCUGCUGUGACCGAGUUUGUUAAAAAGCACUGGGAAACGACAAUCAGCUUGACAAACGAACUUAAAAUCGCUAUAAACGAAAUCAACUCUGGGAGGAACCGCAGCUCCACGUCACAUAUAAGCUACCGUGAGCCAAUUGAACCUUCGUUAAAGCACAAUCUGCUGGAAUUUCGCCGACGGGAUGGCGAAUAUGCUAAAAAGGCUGUCAAAGAAAUCACGAAGCUGCAGGUCGGAUAUCGUGGAGCAAUGAUAUAAUAGGAAACCCGAAAGUGACUGCGAAAUACACCACUCCUAAUUUUAUCAACGCGAUGAUGAUAAGAUGUUAUGAAGACACGGAAGUAUUUGACAUUGUUCGUCUGCUAUUAACUGGAGGCUAUCAGAACACGUUCGAAGAGAACUGGAGUAAGGAUAUCUCAGGCUGCCAGUAUACUGGAAAUCAAGCCGUAAUAAGCCAAAUGGAUUGCGCAUUCAGCAAAGAUGGUAGAGUACGUGGGUUUUUUAAACCCAACACGGAAAUCCCUUCAGAGCUUUACAGUGCAACGGACAGUGCACUAAAUAUUUUACCAUGUUCUAAAGACCGUAUUCCGGCAACCUGUGACCAGCCGACAACGAGCACCAGCAUUCAACCUGGACAUUCAUACAUAUAUACACACGACAUAGAUGCAGCUGUAGACGCUACUGUUCAAAAUGAUGACGCGCAAUCACGGACAGGGAUCCAGCUGCCUAUAGUUAACACCGACUCGUUUGAUGACUUUUGUAAAAGUGCUACGAAAGCAGGAUACACUGUUCUUGGAGCUGAAUUUCCGGUGAGCAAAACAACAAAAAUGGAAGAUAUACCAAAGGACUGCUGUUUAGUUAUCUUGGAGAGGCCUUGGUACGUUAAAGCGCGCCAGCAGCUGAUCCAAGCAGUGAUGCAGUGGGUUGAUAAACAUGAACCGGAUCAGCAAACCAAUCAGCAAACCAAGUGGCUAAAAUUUUACGAGGCAUUUCCUUCUUAUAUCCUCACCUUCACUGAAAAUAAUAUACGGCGUAAAUUAAACAGCCAAUCUCUGGAACAAGACAUUCCUGCGACCAAUAAGCCACCAAAAUGGAUCCGCGCGUAUUAUGGCAUCAUGCAGGACUUGUACAGCAAUAGCGAAAAAACAAAAAUCACGUAUAAUCGCGCAACAUGGGAGCAAUUUGACUUUGACGCCAUCCCGUCCACAAGUGGCAUGGCGUCGGCAACAUACAAGAACCAGCAUUUAAAAAAGCUGCCGAUUGCUGUCCUGGAUUUUAUUGCAUCCAUUUACCCUAAUAACCCUAUGGAAGUCCUAAUAAAUCAGCAACAAGCGAGCGGCGUAUACGCACGUUACGAAGGGCACAUACCAGUCGGAACGUACUUUUACGAGUGUACCAAAACCCCAAACGAACGUGAAGUGACUUGGAUCAAUUUAAGCGCGUUGUGUGGUGUGCUGUGGUAGUCUUUGCUUUUACAAUUGUCCGUCCUGGGAACAUUCUAGAGAAUUUUGCCGGUUGUUU